AUGAGUUCCCCGCCGCGCUUCAGCUCUUGUCUUUCGUGGACAAAAACCAUGUGCAUCUUCUUCCUGCCAUUUGCCUGGUCAGGCUUUGCUCUUCCCGCAAACCGUAUUUCUGGACAAACUGAGUCACAGCUGCACCAGUACAGCAGGUUUAAUUGGUCUCACCUGACCCCUCUCGGGCUGAAGAACCGGAGUGCGGGACUGCAGACGGAAAGCCCAGCCAAGGGUGACCCGUGCUUCACACUGGAGGGGCACAAGUUCCUGAUCUUCGGGGGCUCCAUCCACUACUUCCGGGUGCCCAGGGGGUACUGGAGGGACCGCCUCCUGAAGCUCAAGGCCUGCGGCUUCAACACCGUCACGACCUACGUCCCAUGGAACCUCCACGAGCCGCACCGCGGCGCAUUUGACUUCUCCGGGAACCUGGACCUCGAGGCCUUUGUCCGGAUGGCUGCGGAGACUGGGCUGUGGGUGAUUCUGCGUCCAGGCCCCUACAUCUGCAGCGAGGUCGACCUCGGCGGCUUGCCCAGCUGGCUGCUGCAGGACCCCCAGCUGAGGCUGAGGACAACGCACAAGGGCUUUGUGGAGGCAGUUGAUAAAUACUUUGAUCAUCUGAUCGCCAGAGUGGUCCCUCUCCAGUACCGCCAGGGAGGUCCCGUCAUUGCAGUGCAGGUGGAGAAUGAAUACGGGUCGCUUCAUUGGGAUGAACAGUACAUGCCUUACCUUCAAAAGGCCCUGCUGAAAAGAGGGAUAGUGGAGAUGCUCUUGACCUCAGAUGGUGAGAAAGAAGUGCUGAGAGGCCAUGUAGAAGGAGCACUGGCCACCAUCAAUAUAAACUCGUUUAGGAAGGACGCUUUCACAAGCCUCUAUAACGUGCAGAAAAAUAAGCCCAUUAUGGUUAUGGAAUACUGGGUCGGCUGGUUCGACACAUGGGGAGGUGCGCACACGGUUAAAAAUGCGGACGAUGUUGAAAAAACUGUGUCUGAAUUUAUCAAAUUUGGGAUCUCCUUCAAUAUAUACAUGUUCCAUGGUGGAACCAACUUUGGUUUCAUAAAUGGGGCCACAUAUUUUGAGAGGCACCGGAGUGUUGUCACCAGCUACGACUAUGACGCUGUGCUGACAGAGGCCGGGGAUUACACAAAAAAAUAUUUCAAGCUUCGAAAACUCUUGGGAUCUGUCUUAGCGUUUCCUCUGCCCCCCUUACCGGAGCUCACUCCCAAAGCCGUGUACCCUUCGGUGAGGCCGUCCCUUUACUUGCCACUGUGGGAUGCCCUACAGUACUUAAACAAGCCAGUUUUGUCCAGUAAACCAGUCAACAUGGAGAGUCUUCCCGUGAACAAUGGAAGCGGUCAGUCCUAUGGAUUUGUACUCUAUGAGACAUCCGUCUGCUCUGGAGGUCUGCUCCAUGCUAAUGUUCGAGAUACUGCACAGGUAGGGGUCAGCAGGCUGUCCGUGCAGGUAUUUUUGAAUAAAGAAAGAAUAGGAAUUCUGGAUGGUGGUAGUCAGAACGUGAACAUUCCUAAAGUCAAGGGGUGUCAGCUUCUAAGGAUCCUGGUGGAGAAUCAAGGACGAAUAAAUUUUUCAUGGAGAAUUCAAGCUCAGCAGAAAGGGUUAACUGGACCUGUUACCAUCAACAACAUUCCCCUGGAGGGCUUCACAAUCUAUUCUCUGGAAAUGAAAAUGAGCUUCUUCGAGAGGCUCCGCUCUGCCACCUGGCGGCCGGUCCCAAACAGCCACCAGGGCCCUGCCUUCUACCUUGGAACCCUGAAGGCCGGUUCUGUGCCUAAGGACACCUUCCUGAAACUCCCGAACUGGAGCUAUGGGUUUGUGUUCAUCAAUGGACGUAACCUUGGGCGAUAUUGGCAUAUUGGACCACAGCAAACGCUUUACCUUCCUGGUGCCUGGCUUCAGCCAGAAGACAAUGAGAUCAUCCUGUUUGAAAGAAGCAAGAGCGGUUCAUACAUCCAAACUACAGAUAAACCGAAGCUUUAACCCUAGGCCAUACCAUUUUUUGUUAUGGAUUGUUGGAAUCCAUCUACAAGCAGUUUCCAGGAGGAGGACUUACGGCUAGAAUAUCAAACACACGGUUGUCUACAGUAGCAAAUACGUGAAAAUAACAUUGAAUAGGGAAAUUGUUAUAAAUGUUGUAGUACAUCCAU